AGGCAGUCAUUUGAGAAACCAAGGCUAUUUAGUCUGCCAAGUACUGAUGUUGACAACAUGGUUGGCCCCUGUUGUCACCCACUUGUUGGAGGAAAGCCUUUUCUCACAGGCGUACCCUAACCUACCUUUGAUUAUGUAAUGACCAUUUCUACCUCUGUUAACCAGGACUUCGUCCCAAAUUCCACCAUAUUCCCUACAUUUUGCUCUACUUUUGACCAAGGCCUAUGGUGCUAUAUUGGGAAUAGGGUGCCUUUUGGGAUGCAACUAAGGAUUUCAGUUCACACCCCUGCUUGCCAUGUAGUAUAGGGUGUUACCGUCUCAUAGGCAGCACCGUGGACGCUCAUUGGCUGAGACGAUGCUUGAGAACUGACCAUAUGUAUGCUGCUAUCACCUUUAGAGGGGAGGGGGCUGAGGGGAGUGUACAGAAUGUUAUGUUUAAAGGGGUAGAACGCCCAACAUUCAAAGGCUACAAGGCUGAGUUGUCUUCCCCUCCACGGAUCAAGCCCUAUCUAACUGAGAGCCAUGUCCUCCUCCUCUCUUCUGUGCUGCCUGCUGGUGGUGUGUGUUCUGACUGUGGUCCAGAUCUAUGCAGCGGAGGAACGUAAGGUCCUCAAGGUCUUCAACCUCCGUGCCAGCGACCUGAACAGCGGCUUGUUCCAGACCCCUGAUCCCUACGUCAAGGUGUUUAUGGGCUCCGGCUACGGUGGGAAGACAGAGGUAAAGAACGACAACACUGACCCCUGGUGGAAGGAGGACUUCAACUUCUUCAAUGCCCGUGAGAAUGACCUCCUGAGGCUGGAGGUGUACGACUCCGACGUGGUCUUCGACGACCUGCUGGGGACCUGUGAGCGCUCCAUCAAGAACGGAACUUGGCAGCAUCAAUGUUUCCUGAAGAAAGGAGGGUCCCUGUACUACUCCUACACCCUAGAGCCCCUACAGUAGACCCUGUACUACUCCUACACCCUAGAGCCUCUAUACUAG